AUGGAAGCAGCCACAGAGCGCCAUUUCUACCACCAUGAUGUUGAUGUUGAUGUUGAGUCCGAGGUCCCCGUCCCCGUCCCCGACUCCGAACGCAAGGCCUGCCACUUCUGCCAGCUGCGCCUCUUUGCCGCCCGCGAGAAAUACCCCGUCACAAUAGUAAACGAGACAGAUGACGGCGCCGUGCUGCCUCCAAACUUUCGUUUCAUCGACGGCUCCAUCCUGGGUCCUGGUGUCACGCGUGCGGAGAAGGACUUCCGCACAGGGUGUGACUGCCCCGACCAGGAGUCAUGCAUGUAUUCCGCUUGCGCGUGCCUUGACGAGGUGGAGGACUCGGACUCGGACGACCAGGAGGGCGGGCUCGACGAGGAGGAUCAGGAGAGCUUGAAGUGGGCCGAGGAGCACAUGAGGAAGCCAAGCUGGGCGAGGUCGAGGGCCAGCCGUGAUGGAUCCAGAGACACCCCCGGGUCCGCUGCCGCGAAUGAGCAUCGCCACGCCACCAAUGGCCCCGUUGGAGGCGCGCCGAGGAAGAAGCGCUUUGCCUAUCACUCGCAGGGGGCCAAAAAGGGGCUCCUGCGGAGCUCCUACCUCAACUCUCGGGCACCUAUCUACGAGUGCCACGAAGCGUGCUGCUGCCCUCGGGACUACUGCCCCAACCGCGUUGUCGAGAGGGGCCGGAAGGUGCCCCUGCAGAUCUUCAGGACGGCGGACAACCGCGGCUGGGGGGUCAGGACCAUGCGGGAACUAAAGCGUGGGCAAUUUGUGGACUGCUACCUGGGCGAGGUCAUCAAGCCAGGGGAGGCGGAGAGGAGGCGGCACAACUCGUCAAAGGCGCAGCGCAAGGACGUCUAUCUAUUUGGGCUGGACAAGUUUACGGAUCCCGACUCGAUGGACCCGCGACUCGUGGGAGCGCCGUUGGAGGUGGACGGCGAGUUCAUGUCCGGGCCUACGCGCUUCAUCAACCACAGCUGUGACCCUAACCUGCGCAUCUUCGCCCGGGUGGGCGACCACGCGGACAAACAUAUCCACGACCUUGCUCUGUUCGCGAUCCGCGACAUUGUCAAGGGCGAGGAGCUGACCUUUGACUAUGUGGACGGGCAGGGGGAGAUUGAGAGCAAUGCCAGGGACGAGAAGUUGCAGGAGGAGAUGACGCGGUGCCUCUGCGGCAUUGACAGCAGUCGCCAAUCACCAAUUGUCAGCCAUAUCGCCGCCGCGUCGCCGUUCAUUCGCGACCUCGGCCCCACGGCGUGCUCCCACGACAUCUACCCGCCGCCCUCGAGACACAUCUCAGCCUGGAGCCGACUGCAAGAGACCAAAGGCCAGCCUUCUGAGGCUGCCGCCUCUCCAGAUGCUCAGGGUUGCUGCUUCUCGCUGCCCCGGGGCCCCAACUCCCCCUACCCCGGUGGAGCUGCUCCAGCCCGGCCCCAAUCUGCAGACCUCUCCCAGUCGCAGUCGCAGUCGCAGCCGCAGUCGCAGUCACAGGCCCAACCUCCUUCUGCCCGCUCCACCGGGCCAGACCACGACCGCGCCGGCCCCCACCAGCAACGCAGUCGACGCCGGCGUAGACCCCUCGACCAGCACAUCAACAAGCCGCUACGUCGGAACGAGUGGUCGUCCAAGAACCGCAUUUGGUCCAGAAGUGCCUUGGAUCGCGAACGCACCGACUUCUUCGAUACAAGGGUCAGCGGCCGUCCAGAGAUCUGGCAGACCCUUCAUGCUGCCCUCGAUGUCUUGUGGACCGCCGAUAUUGCCGGACGUGACGACCCCAAUGACUCCAGUGACGACCACAGCGCUCCCCUGGCCCUUGCCACUGCGCAGUCAAUCCUCGAUGCGGCCGACAUUACUCUGCCGACGGGCAACCUGGCCGACGGCGCCUAUGACCUUCUAGGGAAUUACUACCAAUUGCCAGCCCAUAUCGUCUCUGAUCCACACAACAUUGUGUCUGGUGAUGACGAAAACGAUGACGACCGAUUUGGAGAGGCUAAGACUGCAGAGGACACCACCGCGGGUGCUGACGAUGACGACGAUGAUGGGGAGGACGAGGCGGAGCGACGUCGCGUGCACAAGGGCAAGGCUGUCGUCAACAUUUCCGACCAGGUCCUCGCCGUGGUUCGUUUGAGCAAUACUGCCAGAGAUUUGAAGCUGGACGUCGGGAAGGACGAGUCCGUCCGCAGCAUAAUUCACCGCAUCAUGGAGGAGAGCAAUCUCCCCUCUGGCUACCGUGUUCGCCUCGUCCACAUGGGCAAGAUCCUGAAAGACAAUUCCUCGCUCACGGCUCAGGGCUGGACGGACCAGGUUAUCAACGCUUUCGUCUACGAGCCUCCACGCUAG